GACUUGUGAUGGCGGGAUGCGGAUCAUUCAGUUGGUGUCUUGCCACGUGACUAGAAGCCUCUGUUGAUAGUUGAUAGUGUUGACGGCGACCGGGCGGGCCUCAAUCGUGAGUCGUAAUUUAGUCGGAAUGGAUUUUUUCUUUUUAUGGCUAGUCACAUUCGUCGCAGGAUUUUGGAUCUUUAAAAAAAUAAAACAAUGGCAGAGUCUACCUCCGGGGCCUUGGGGCCUGCCGGUCGUUGGCUACUUGCCGUUCCUUGAUCGCCAUCAACCACAUAGAACAUUAGCUAAGCUCUCUAAGGAAUAUGGAUCUAUAUAUGGUAUCGGUAUGGGCAGUGUUUAUGCUGUCGUACUGUCCGACCACAAGCUAGUAAGAGAUGCAUUUGCCAAAGAAAACUUUUCUGGAAGAGCUCCGUUGUAUUUGACUCACGGCAUUAUGAAAGGAAAUGGUAUUAUUUGCGCAGAGGGAGGUCUGUGGAAAGACCAAAGAAAGUUAAUUACGACCUGGCUCAAAAGUUUCGGUAUGAGUAAGCACAGCGUUUCACGCGAAAAGUUGGAAAAACGAAUAGCGUCGGGCGUCUACGAACUUUUAGAAAAUGUUGAGAAGGCUGCAGGCUCCCCGAUGGAUCUCACCCAUAUGUUAUCGAAUUCUCUAGGCAAUGUUGUUAACGAGAUUAUCUUCGGAUUCAAGUUUCCUCCUGAAGACAAAACCUGGCACUGGUUCAGACAAAUACAAGAGGAGGGUUGCCAUGAAAUGGGCGUUGCUGGUGUUGUCAACUUUUUGCCUUUUAUACGGUUCAUAUCAUCAUCCACACAAAAAACAAUAGUAGUCUUAACACGCGGCCAAGCUCAAACUCACAGACUAUAUGCCAGCAUCAUAGACCGACGUCGUAAAAUUAUAGGUUUGCCACCAAUAAAAGAGGCCGCAUAUGCUGAACAUGAAAACCUCUUUACGGAACACCCAGAAGGCCAUAUUAAAUGUAUCAAGUACAGCAAACACGCUUCGAAUACUGAAGAGCAUUUCUUUGAUCCUAAUAUCCUGAUACCUACUGAUGGAGAGUGCAUUCUUGAUAAUUUCCUUCUAGAACAAAAGAGAAGGUUUGAGAGUGGCGAUGAGUCUGCUCGAUAUGUGACUGAUGAACAAAUGCUGUACCUCUUGGCUGAUAUGUUUGGGGCUGGACUUGAUACUACCUCUGUUACGUUGGCUUGGUUCCUGUUGUAUAUGGCUCUCUAUCCUGAAGAACAGGAGCUAGUUCGAAAGGAGAUUCUAUCAGUAUACCCCGAAGACGGUGAGGUCGACAGUUCUAGACUACCGCACCUGAUGGCGGCUAUAUGUGAGACCCAGCGCAUUCGAUCGAUAGUUCCCGUCGGAAUUCCCCACGGAUGCAUCGAGGAUACUUACCUAGGGAACUACAGAAUUCCUAAAGGAACGAUGGUGAUACCACUACAGUGGGCUAUACAUAUGGACCCAGAUGUGUGGGAAAACCCGGAUGAAUUUAGACCAAGUCGCUUCUUAGGUCCUGAUGGAAGCCUUCUGAAGCCGCAGGAGUUUAUACCUUUUCAGACAGGUAAGCGCAUGUGUCCUGGUGACGAGCUUUCUCGGAUGCUCGCGUGCGGUUUAGUCGCGCGACUGUUUCGUCGACGUCGCGUGCGACUGGCGUCCGACCCACCUACCGAAGAAGAGAUGAAAGGCACUGUCGGAGUCACCCUUGCACCUCCAACAGUUUCCUACUAUUGCGAUCCUAUAUGAGGUGUUUUGUACGUGACAUUUGAGUAGAUUAUUAGUGAAUGCUUUUGAAUAAACAAUUGUAUGUAA